GAAUUGAGAUAAAAGGAUAAACCAUCCCCAAUUUUAGAAACUCACAAGGAAGACAAACACAGGUGGCAUUGAAACAGACAUGAACAAAGCAAGAUAUAAAUAGCUUGCAAUCUCGAAUUCUCCACAUGAAAGAAGAUACUGGCUCAGUGCUAACGCAAGUGAUCGCAGAAAAAUUGCAGCUGCCUUCUCCCCAAGAUAGUUUUCAGUUCCAGACAAAACCAUCCAGAACUCAGGAGGCCUUCUCAAAUGAAUGCUGCAGAACAGGGGAAGAGUUCCUAGAUCAAGUGAAGAGGAAGCUGGCUCAGACCAGCCCCAAGAAAGACCUGUUGACCACAAAGCCUUGUCACUGUAAGGAUAUCCUGAAGUUAGUGCUCUCACCCCUCACCCAGCAUUGCUUGGUCAUUGGAGAAACCACCUGUGCAUUUUAUUACCUGCUGGAGGCUGCGGCUGCCUCCUUGGACCUGUCAGAUAAUUAUAUGGUCUGUUUCAACAUGGGACAUAUCACUUUAGCCAAAAAAUUGGCUAGGAAAGCCCUUUGACUGCUGAAAAGGAAUUUCCCUUGGACCUGGUUUGGUGUCCUUUUCCAGACAUUCCUGGAAAAGUAUUGGCAUUCCUGUACCCUGAGCCAACCUCCAAACGACCCUAUAAGAAGAAUUUGGCAGUCCUGCAGCAGCAGGUGCAUUGCCUCUCCCUACUCUGGCAGCUCUAUAACCUGGAGGCCACAGCCAGUAGCUACAGGUUUGCCUGCCUGGCUACUCUUAUGCAGAAGAAUUCAGCUGAUGAGUUUGCAAAUGAAGCCCAGGUUGUCUCUACCUAUGUGGAGCUCUCUCAGUUCUCCCAGAGCAUGGGCAUCAAGGACAAGUGGCUUCACUGUGAGCAGAUGGCCAUUCAGAAAAGCAGUUUAUGUUGGUUCUCCAGGGAGGGGUUGUUGGCCACAGCUCAGCUCAUGCAGGCCCUGGCCUACACCAAGCUCUGCCUUGGCCAUCUUGACUUCUCCAUCAAGCUGGGAUUGCUGUGUCGACCCUUUAGUGAGUGUCUGUGUUUCAUUCAAAUCUACGAGCACAGCCGUGUUCUAACCUCUCAGAGCAAUGUCAUGCUGGGGGUCCACUCCUCCCUGGCCAUGGGGUUUGCCCAGGAAUCACAGUGGGACCUGUUUGAGCACUAUUUCUCCAAGACUUGCCAGUUGGUGAAAAGAACCAAUGCCUCGCUAGUUGGUGCACAUGGCUUUGUCGGAUUCCCAGAAUGCCAUGUGCUAACGUUACAGAAAAUGCCAGAGCGUAUCUUCAUGCAUAUUCCUCUAGAGCUUUGCAGCCAAACCCUUGAGUACUUUAAGGAGUUCUUCUCUCGAUGUAUGACCUGCCCUGUCUAUCACCAGUGGGUAUCUGAGCUUAAGGCCUCUGUAAUGAGAUGUGAAAAGAGAGAAUUCAUGUCCCUGACUAACAGCAUCAGACCUAUUGACACCUGCUUGACCAGGAUUUGGAUAAAAUGAGAAUUUCUGCAGGAAAAUAACUCUUAGAAAAGAAACUUAGGAAUACAGAGAUUUGACAGAGUGGCUGAUGUCAAGGAGAACAAGGAUGCAGAAGAAACUCAAGAUGUAUGUAUUAAAACAAAAGAACAAUAACCUGAAGGGACCAUGAUUCUGUUAUUGUAUAUAACACAAGGAAAUGCCCCAGAUUCUCCUUUUAAUUGAUAUAGUGUACAUAUUAAGUAUACUAGCCUUUAUAGUUACUGCUAUCUAUAUGUUUAUCAAAAUAAAAGACUAUUUUUUUCUA